AUGUUAUGGACUAGAACUGAUCUAGAGAGUUUAGAUUAUGAUCUAUUCGAGAGUGUUGUCAAUAAAUCGGGCAUAAGCUACAAAUAUCGCAAUGGACAGGAGAAAAACCGACUGAUCUACGCACGUUGGUUUCUUACGCUCGUUACAGGCGUCAUUACGGCACUCGUAGCGGUCUUUAUGCUCUAUUUUACGACGCUUCUAACGUCACUGAAGCAGCAUCUUCUUGAGUACACGAUCCAACACGAACUGGCCAAGAACGUGGUCUUUGGCACGACGUUUUGGAGUAUUGUAGCAUUUAACCUCGGGCUUGUGGCAAUUGCUGCUACUGUCACUUCGUUUGGAGAGCCUGUGGCCGCUGGAUCGGGUAUUUCGGAAGUCAAGAUGACGCUUAAUGGCAUGAAGAUUCCACGCAUGCUACGCCUACGUACUUUUUUCUGCAAAGUCAUAGGCACUGUAUGCUCCGUUGCGGGUGGUUUGCCAGUAGGAAAAGAGGGGCCAAUGAUUCACAGCGGCGCAAUUGUUGCAGCAGGGCUUUCUCAGGGUAAAUCGUCCACAAUCGGCUACGAUACGAGCUUUUCCUAUUUUGGAGGUUUCCGAAAUGAUAGGGAAAAGCGUGACUUUGUAGCUUGUGGUGCUGCAGCUGGUGUUGCUUCGGCGUUUGGGGCUCCUAUCGGUGGAGUUCUGUUUGUCUUGGAGGAAGGUGCAUCGUUCUGGAAUCAGACACUCACGUGGAGAACGCUUUUUUGCGCCAUGUCAGCAACGUUUACACUGGCAUUCUUCCUCUCUGGAAUGAAUGAUAAUCUGUCGUGGGGUACACUUGGCAGUCACACGGGCAGCUUUAGCUUUGGGCCAUUUACAUCGAGUACAUACCAGAUUUGGGAGGUUCCGCUCUUUAUUAUGAUGGGUAUUGGUGGCGGAUUGCAAGGAGCAUUGUUCAAUGGGCUUAAUACGCGUCUAGCAAAAACACGCUCACGUUGGGUGCGCACGCGCGGAGUCGCGUGGAUGGAGGCUCUACUGCUGUCUGUUUUGAUCUCAUCGCUUUUGUUUACGACACCAUUUUUGCUAGGCAAAUGCCAUGAACUUCCUCGUGCGCGUGAAGACGUCAUUUAUCUUGCAAACGCUGGUGGUGCCGGUAUGGCGCCCAACAAGGCUUUUGUGUUUGGAAUGGAAAUGCUGAAGAAGAAUAGUUCAGCCUGCAUUUGUGAGAGCUGCUCAAGCGUAUCGAUGGAAGGCGCAGAGUGUUUCCAAACUGACGAAACCGUACAAUACCCAUACAAGAAAGAGUUGCUGCGCUUUUAUUGCCCCGAAGGCCAGUACAACGAUUUAGCGUCUUUGAUGUUGACAGGAGGAGAAGUUGCCAUCAAGCACCUGUUUCACGCACCGCCAGAUUCAUUUGAUGUGCGCAAUCUUGUGGUAUUUUGGCUCAUGAUGCUUUUCCUGUCCUGCUUGACCUACGGUUUAAAAAUCCCAAGCGGCUUGUUUGUGCCGGCAUUGCUCAUCGGUGCAGCUUAUGGACGACUGUGGACGAGAGUGAUCAACUAUUUUACCGGGCUACAGCGAAUGAAAACUGUCGACCCACGGACAUACGGACUUGUGGGAAGCCUGGCGAUGCUUGGCGGCGUGACUCGUAUGACCAUCUCCCUCACUGUCAUCAUUCUCGAGUGUACGGGCAACAUUGAGUUUGGUCUGCCACUCAUUCUCACAUCGUUUUUUGCUCGUUGGGUGGGAAAUUACUUUAAUGAGGGUAUCUAUGACAUCCAUAUUCACCUGCGUCGCGCUCCGUUUUUAGACUGGAAUCCACCAUUACGCGGCGCUUUCUUGCGUGUAAAACAUGUCAUGACUCCGAAUCCGAAGACGCUGCGCACUGUUGAGCGCGCUGGCGUCAUCUUUGAUCUGCUCGUGAGUACGAAGCACAAUGCAUUUCCUGUCAUUGUGGAAGAUCCAACGUUCGGCAGCCGCUUUUUUGCAGGUGUAAUACUCCGAAAGCAGCUAAAUGUAUUGCUGAGCCACCAUGAUUUUAGCGUUGAAAAACCCAAGCCGUUUCACCGUCAGCCGCACCCUGCUUCUUACCAACCUGAUGUGGCCACGACUGGCAGUCUUCGCCGCCGUCGCCCGGGAGAUUUGGAAAUGAACAAUACGCCCCGAGUUGAUGAUAAGUUACUGGAGUCACCCCUUGCCAGCAACUAUUGUUUGUCUUACCAUGAUAUGGAGGCACAUUAUCCACGGUACCCAAUUCCGACUCCAAUGCACCAGGAUUUCCAAGCUGCAGCUCACGCCGGUCGUAUCGCUGGAGACGAGUUGUAUACGCUAGCAGAGGAAGACCGUGCUUUGUGGGUGGAUCUUACACCAUACAUGAAUCAGACCCCGUACUUGAUUCAGGAGGAAGCGCCAUUCGUACGCGCUUACCGCCUCUUUCGAAGUGCUGGUCUACGACAUCUCGUAGUCGUAAACCGCCACAACAACGUACGCGGUAUCAUUACGCGACACGAGCUGGAGGAAGAACAUUGCACUCGCUGCUUUCGUCUAGUCAAAGACAUUGACACGGACGAUGUUUACCCAUUGUCCGGUGCACCACCUGUUGGUUUCUUCCGUACAAUACGCCGAAAAGUCUUACGUACGGAGCAAGUGAAGCGUGCGCUAAUCAGCUCAAUUCCAAUUGCACGAGACGGAGACAAUGACAACCAAGGUGAUGCUGCUUCAACAGAGCUGCUUCCGCAAUAA